UCGACUAGCAAGCUCACUGAGCAAGUUUCAGCAAUGGUCAACCCUGCCCCUCUUCUGUAAACAAACUACAACGCCACCAAAACCGACCCGCCCCUGUUCAAAGCCCUUUAGAGCAAUUCACAUUGCCCAAACAUUAAUCACAGCAUCGCCCACGGGUCAAUAAUAGCACUCUAAAGUCCUUUGGAAGAGCGCAUUAUCUUAUGUUGCCUGGUGAGACUAGCAGACAGGCUAACACAGAGCUAGCCUGCACCCUCGCCCCGGCACCGGACAUCCAAGACAAAGCCGAAUUCCAAUGCCUCACCAUCGUACAAAUCGAGGCGAUCUUGCGGACAGUCAUCAGUAUUUCCAUCCGUAAGCAGCCAUGUUGGUCCGAACCCCGAUGUGGAAAAAGUGGGAGCCGAUACGGCUGCGGAGUUCCGGGGAAGCUAUCUGCUGGUGGCUACUACAACUGUCAAGUCACAGCAGACAGCGAAAACACUUCCGGUCAAUGCUUACCUGUGUCUAUCCAACGUAACGGCUGCCGUGACAGAGCACUUCCUAUUUAAAUAAAGUAUGGCUCGAUAGUGCAGCCAUUUAUAUCUUACAGACGGGAUUGUGGCAAUGCGAAAAAUUUGGAAGCAAUUUUUGCUACUGCAAAUUAAAAAAAUGUACCGCUUCAAAAAUAUAUCUGCAUUAAACCAAGCAGGUAAACGUCGCUACAAAUAUUAAUUUUACGAGACAAUUGUAAAACAGAUCCGUUAAACUCCAUAAAUUAAUACGUUGAUUCUACUUUGAAAACAAACCUGUACAGCUUCCGUCAAUGAUUAGCUUCAAGCAUGUUCGCUUUACAUAACUUCCUGUCUUCCACGAAGGGACAGAAGGAGUGUCUGCGGCGUUAUCUUCACUUGUGGUGCGCGUCUUGGAUCGGCGGGCGGUGCUUGGUGUUCAAAGUGGCACCUGGUCAAAUUUGCGCUCCUCAUUUCAUUUUGAGAAUUGAACUCAUUUGUUUUUUAUUUAACUGUGGGCGCACAGUAUGUCUGUAACACCUUUGAUUUGGAUUUCAACGAGAAACUCCGCCCACGCGUGUUAAACACCAAGCAUUUUUUAAGUUCUUACUAUUGUCACAUAUUAUAAUUUCCAUCUCGUUCAGGUCAUCCAGAUUUAUAUCAGGAUUCAUAUCUAGUUUGAAAUUCUCACUCUUUUUUGUUUCAUAAAUUAGAACAGAGUGACACCCCUGAUGUUUACAUAUUUAAUAAACAGUACUGUAGUAGUACUAAUGAUCAAAGUGGACGUCAUCGAUGUAGGGAAAUUGAGUAGUAUGAUAAAUCAUUUUGGGACUAAUCUGUCGUCAUUUUGAAAGUUACUCCACUUCAUUACACUUCAUUACACAGAAUUAUAUUUGGCUUUCAUUCCAUGAUCAUGAGUCAUUGCUUUAACCUAUUCGUUACAUUGAAUUGUCAGUUGAGUCUUUGUAUUUUUAUGUAGCCCACGGGAAACGGUGCCUUCAUUCUUGACUUCAUGUUUGUUUCCUGCUCCAUGUGGGCUGGGAAUGAGACCUGGGACUGGGACUGGGAAGAGUCUCAUGGGACAGCGUGGGAGGAUGUUCCCAAAUCUGCCUCCUCUGCACUUACACGCCUGCUCCUUGUUGGUGACACAACUUGUUUAGUGUUUUUUUUCUCAUCCGACUUUCAGAUAAUAGGCAUAAAAUAGAACUCAUUCCUGGGAUGGAAUGAGAUUCCACAGCUCUGGACAUGCAACUGGAUUAAACUUGGAUGUAUUUAUCUGUCUAUCUCUAUAUAUAGAUAGAUAUAUAUUGUUUGCUUUCUGUGUACUCUGGAAAACAGUUCAUCAGCAGUAGAUUGGGGGUCACCGAGUAUUUUUGCUGGAGCAUUAUGGGAAUAUUGGAGUGAAUUUGUGUCUGGGCGGAGCGGGCUUUGGGACUCGGAGGUCUUCAUCUCCCCGGCGAGAGGACAGCUCGAUGCGGCUGAGUGGCGACUCUCCACCAGGAAGCAUGAGCAGCGUCGGAGGCGGCGGCGGCGGCGGCUCCGGGAACUUCCUGCUGGUACCGAUACCAGAGUACCCGCUGCUGGACUGCGUGCCCAACAAGACGGUCAAGAUCGUGGUCCUGGGAGCCAGCAACGUCGGCAAGACUGCUCUGAUCGUCAGGUUUCUGACAAAGAGGUUUAUCGGGGACUACGAAGCAAACACCGGGGCACUCUACUCAAGGAAGGUCACUCUGGAGGGAGAGGAAGUUUCGCUACAGAUCCAGGACACGCCCUGUGUCACUCUACAGGACGAUGCUGAUGGACUCUACUGCCAGGAGCAGAUCAACAGGUCCAUCUACUGGGCGGACGGUUACGUGCUGGUGUACUCCAUCACCGACCACAACAGCUACAGAACUAUCCAGCCACUUUAUCAGCACGUCAGACGCAUUCACCCGUCAGGCAACAUCCCAGUCAUACUGAUUGGGAACAAGAGCGACCUUCUCAGAGCUCGACAGGUGCCUGCGGACGAAGGCGAGACUCUAGCAGCUUCACUAGGAGGAGUGUACUUUGAGGCCUCGGCCAGAGAAAACCACGAGGGCGUCCACUCUGCUUUUCUGCAUCUGUGCCAGGAGAUUAUUCGUGUUUUUGGUGGUGGAAACGGAGAGAAGAGAAAAGGAGGCCUCCAUCUGGCCAGACCCAAAUCUCCAAACAUGCAGGAGCUGAAGAGGAGAUUCAGACAAGUGCUUUCAUCCAAAGUUAAAUCUGCGACAACGCUCUGAUGCCUGCCAACACUCAGAACUGCUCACGAGAAAUACACGUCCACGUCGGUGGGGGAUGAGGAUUUUGUCCUGGAAAACCUGAUGGAAGACUGGGUAGGAAAAUGACUGAUGGACUUGAUCUGAUGAUCUCUGACCAGUGAGCUUCCCACAUGGGAAGCCAAAAGCCAUGAAUGCCAUAAACCAUGUGAGUGGACUUCUCUGCUGGGAUCAAAGCCUUCUAAAGAUCAUGAGCGGCGUUCAUCAGAUGGUGGGAUAAAGGCGGAUUGGAACACACUGAGAACUCCUCAGAACGUUCAGAAAUGAACUGCUGCUUUUGGCUGUCUUCAUGUGAGGCUCAUGGGGUGUUUUGGUUAAAGCUGACCAAGUGUGUGCCAAUAACCAGAUCAGGAGGGACAAUGAAACCCACCCAGUUAUGACUCAUAAGAACGCAGUGACCUCUGUUCCAAGGUUGAUCCUUGUACUUCUUCACACUUUCUGCAUCACUACUGUGUAUUACACAACAUGCAAAACAGGAAGUGGCCCCAAAGGCCAAACCUUAGUAGCUGAAUUUGGACCUAAAUGCUGAAGGAAAAGUGCAGGAAUGUCUGUGGUUAUUUUCAGGAAGAGGACACAUCAGAGGGAUUGAUUAAUAAUAGACAUUUGAAAAUAAGUGGGUGCCAAGUCCAGUAAUUCCCUUAUUCCCUCAUAGUUUUGUGUUGUUUAUAAACUUUGAUUUUCCCACAUGAUACAGCUUGACAGUCUUGGUUGUUUGUCUACGAUCUUUUUGUUGUUGUUUGUUUUGUUUGGUUUGAAUAUUGACAAAUGUCACAAAUGAUUCCCACAAAAAUAAAACAUAAUACACUGUUUAAACUAUACAUAGUACACAAAACUGCACAGUACUGUAUUCAUCUUGUCCAAAACACACAAUCAAAUGACUUUGUAAAAUGACUCUAUUAAUGUGUUAUUACAUGUAAAACUUUCAUCAUUUGCAACGCAGCUUCAGCUUUGAAUACGUGCACAGAAAUAAAAAUCCUCAGACUGAGAACACGUCACAGAGACUGAGCGUCAACACCAUUUCAGGUGGUCAUAAAUUACUCAUUGAAAAGCCCUGAAUCACCAUCACUAGUAAUUAAAAAGAAAUGUUAAUUACCUAAAGAAUUUAAGUGUUAAUGGGACCAAAUGACAAAUUGUCAACCUUAAACAUAUAACAAACCGAUUGUUCCAACAUUUUUCCACGAUAAAUUAGCUCAAAGAAUCCAAACAUUACAUUUAAUGGAGGUAAAGUCAUUUGAAUGGUUUAUAAAACAACUGUGUUGCUCUAAGGCCUCAUUCUGUAAAAUAUUUCACUGGUGGUGUAAAGCACAAGGUGGCUCGAGGAAACCCAUUAGAAGGAGAACUGAAGGACAGAAAUGAAGCUACACUGAGUGCGAGUUGGUGUGUGUUCACGACAGCGCUGUUCUCAUGACCUCACACACAAAAUUCCCA